UCCCUCGCGCCCGUCUUGCGGUCACGUGAGCGGCGCUCCAGCCAAUCGGAGAGGCUUACUCACAAACCGACAUUCUGACGGACGAAGAGGAGGAGGAAGGAGGAGGGCGACGGAGCUGAGGGGAAGGGAAAGAGGCAAGGCAAGGAAGGAAGGAGUGUCGCCCGAACGCAAGUCGCUUCUUCAAGGCUAGCGAGGAGUAGGAGCACGGCUCCCUUUUUUCCGACGAGGGGAGAAGAAGGUUUUCCUUGGAUAUUUUAUAACAGCUAAAAAUAAGUGCAGCUCAAGUUUGGAGUGUGCUUGCAGCCUGGAAUUAGCUACUGUGAUUUCCGUUUAGGUCCAUGAUGAGCACACUGAUGCAAGAUAAAGUUAGUGAACGGUUAUAAAAUGCCCAGAUUUGGGUCAGCAAAGGUAGUUCAGAUUCAAAAUUCUGACAGUGAUAGCACCAUGGUGGAGAAACCAACUGGAAGAAAGAGCAAAGACAAGAUUGCCUCCUACAACAAAACUGCAAAAGUGGAUAGGAGCGAUGUGGGAAAGGACAUGAAAGAAAAGUCUUCCAUGAAACGUAAACUUCAGUUUAAUGUUAGUCCGUCCAGAAAUGAAGAUCGAAAUUCAGACACAGAUUCAGAUCCAGGACAUACAAAUGAAAGCUGGGGGGAGAGAUUAAUAUCUACUUACAGGACAUAUUCAGAGAAAGAAGUCCCAGAGAAGAAAAAAAUGAAAAAAGAAUCAGGAAGUAAGAAAGCAGCACCUGUUAGUAUUCUUUUUGGUUACCCUCUAUCAGAGCGCAAACAGAUGGCCCUUCUUAUGCAGAUGACUGCCAGAGACAACAGUCCAGAUCCCAAUUUAAAUCAUCCUUUACAGACAACACCAACACAAAAGAAAACACCAAGCUCUUCAUCAAGACAAAAAGACAAAGUUAAUAAAAGAAAUGAACGAGGGGAGACUCCCUUACAUACAGCAGCCAUUAGAGGUGAUAUUAAACAAGUUAAAGAGUUAAUCAGUCUAGGUGCAAAUGUGAAUGUGAAAGAUUUUGCUGGUUGGACACCACUCCAUGAAGCAUGUAACGCUGGUUAUUAUGAUGUUGCUAAGGUCUUGAUAGCAGCAGGGGCCGAUGUAAAUACUCAAGGACUAGAUGACGAUACACCACUGCAUGAUUCUGCAAGCAGUGGGCACAGAAAGAUUGUAAAGCUGCUUCUCCGACAUGGUGGAAAUCCAUUUCAGGCCAAUAAACAUGGAGAAAGACCUGUUGAUGUAGCAGAUACAGAAGAACUGGAACUAUUAUUGAAAAGAGAAGUUCCAAUUUCUGAUGAUGAAGAUGAUUGUUCAGAUCUUGAAGAGACACCAUCUGUAAAUCCCUCCAGUAUAGAUGGAAAUAUGGAUUCUGAGACAGAGAAAGAAUCUCUUGUCAAUGACACAAAACACAUUCCUAUUAAGGCACCACUUUCAUCGGCUUUAGAUGAAUAUGAGUUUAAAGAUGAUGAAGAAGACGAAGUUAAGAAAAUUAUUGAUGAUAGACACAUACCCAGGAAAGAGCUGAGAAAAGAAGAUGAGUCUGAAGUAGAGCAAAGUAGUGUAUUUCCUAAACAGGAAAAAGUGUCAUUUCAGAAAUCUUUGAAAAAUAAAAAACAGCCCUCUAGAGUUUUGUAUUCAAGUUCUGAAAGUUCAGAUGAAGAUAUUCCUCAAGACAAAAAGACCAUUUCUUCCUCCUGUACUGUUACAGAGACAUCAAGUUCUGACACAAAGAUUAAAAAAGAAUAUGUUUUCAAUGAACAUAAACAAAAAGGAAAAGUUAAAAGAAAAGUAAAAAAUCAGAGCAAAAAUAAAGAAAACCAGCAAUUAAAACUAGAAAAAGAUAAUUCCAGAGGAACAAUUUCGGGAGGCUCUGUCUUAGAAUCUUUUGAAAAAAGUAGAGAAGAAGAGAAUUUUAGAAAAUCAUUCAGUUCCAAAGAGGAUUCUUCUUUGCCCUUACUCCAUAUUACUGCUAGCAGAUCCCCCAAGCAUCCAUGUGGGUUAAUUGAAAAGCAGCCAACACCUCUUAAACAAGAGAAUAUUAAAAUGUGUUUAUCCCCAAGUGGGUCAGAAGUGACAUCACAAUCUGAUUUGGUUCGAUGCGAUCAUAAUAUAGAUGCUGAGUUUCUCCCAGAAAGCUGCAGUGGCAAACCCUACAAAAAUAAAGACAAAAGUAAACAUCAGAAAGAAAGUCUUUCAGAGUUUGGUGACAAAUCCAGUCCCAAACAUAAAGAGGAAGAUAAUAGUCCGUCAUGUGAAAGCUCUGAAUGUAUGAUGAAAAAAGUUGAUAAGGAGGGGAAAAUAUAUAAAAAACAUAAGCUGAAACAUAAAGAAAGGGAAAAGGACAAGCACAAAAAAGAGCAGGAUGGGGAGAAGGAAAAACACAAGCAUAAGGAGAGUGCUAGGGAGAGCCAAAGAAAUGUUGAAUUUGACAGAGAAUUUUGGAAAGAGAACUUUUUUAAAAGUGAUGAAGCAGAAGAUAUAUCAAAUUUGGACCAUGAAUCUCCCAUUUCAGAAAAAAAAUCCAAACUGGAAAAAGUUCUGACAAAAGAUGACAAACAUGUGAAAGAUAAAAAGUUGCAAAAAGAGAAAACUUUCAGAGAGGAGAGGGAAAAGGACAAGAAUAAAAAAGAAAAUGAAAAGGAAGAGAAAGCAAAAGAUGUUAAGGAAGAAAAAGAAAGCAUAUUCUCUGACAAAGAAACAGAACUGUUGUGUUUAGGUGUUAGGGAUAUAUCAACAAGUAUAUUUUCAGUAGAGAAAGAAACAGAGUUUGAGAAACAAGAAAAAACUACAAAGGAACAUAGAGAAAAAUUAGAGAAACGGAACUCUGCUAAUGAAAAGGUAGAGAGAAAAAACCUCGAAAAAGAGAAAAAAAGUAAAUGUGAGCAAAAAUCAGAAAAAGACAAUUCAGAAUUUGUUGAAAAUAUUGAAAAGACAAAAGAAAAAGAAAAGUUAUAUAUUCAUCAAACAGAAAAAUCUCAUAAAGAAAAUGACAAGCUAAAAAACUUUAAUGCCAAUAAAAAGCUUGAUGAAAAAGAAAAAGGCAAGGAAAAAUCAGACAAGAAGCAUGAGAAAGAAAAAAAUGAUAGGCACUUAUCCGAAUGUAAAGAAAAGUCAUGUAAUGAAAGGAAAGCAAAGGUGUUUGAAAAGGAAAGUGAAUAUUCAAAGAUGGAAAAAGGAAAAAAUAAAGAAAAGGAAGCUGAGAAAAAAGACAGAUCCAAAGAACGAGACAGUUCCAUUUCAAAUAUAAAACAUGCAUCAGAAGAAAGGAAAUGUAAUACUGAAAAAACAUUAUCAUUCAAAGAGAAACCCAAAGAUGAAUUACUAAAAACUCCAGAUGGAAGAGAAAAGGAUAAAAAAGAUAAAGAUAUUGACAGAUAUAAAGAACGUGAUAAGCAUAAAGAUAAAAUGCAGCAAAAUAACGUACUUAAGCUAAAACUUGAAAUGGAAAAGUUUAAGUCUAAAACAGCACCUGCACCUAAAGAUACUCGACCUAAAGAAAAGAGAUUAUUAAAUGAUGAUUUGAUGCAGACAAGCUUUGAAAGAAUGCUUAGCCUCAAAGAUUUGGAAAUUGAACAGUGGCAUAAAAAACAUAAAGAAAAAAUAAAACAGAAAGAAAAAGAGCGAUUAAAGAAUCGAUCCUGUUCUGAACUUAACAAAAUUAAAGAUAAGGAAAAAACAAAACAUUCACUUGCUGAAACAAAAAGCAAAGAACUGAUUCGUUCAAAAAGCUCGGAGUUGUCAGAUGCUUGUGUGAAGGAUAAGUUGCUGAAAGAUGCUGCAAGUAUCAGGUCACAGUCUGUUGACACAAAGAACUUACCAGCUGGUGGAAAGCCAUUAGUACUAUUGGACAAUAACCUAAAUAGAUCCCCUAGAUCAGAAAAUGAAAAGAUCGGGUUAACAUCCAGAUCAGUUUCCAUGAUUUCAGUUGCUAGCUCAGAGGAUUCUUGCCAUACUACUGUGACUCCACCAAGACCUCUAACUGAAUAUGAUUCAGACUUUAUGCUUGAAGGAUCUGACUCACAAAUGUCUUUUUCACAUUCACCAUUUUUACCUAGUGCCAAGUCACCUGCAUAUCAUGAAACCGAUAGUUUAUCAGAGCUUCCAGAGCGCAAUAAACCUCCUGUUUCAAAUAGAAUUCCACCAACUUACGUUAGAUCAGCAUCGGUUGAAGAUGUUAAAUUUGUUCUAAAUGAUUGCAGAGCAGUUGUAGAAGUACGACGAUGCAGUAUGCCAACUGCUUAUGAAUACACUAAACAGUCUCGGGUUUCAGAUGAAAAUAAUCACAGUGCUUUGCUCUCAAUUCAGAGUCAUAGUUGUUCUCCUAUACAUGAAUCCCAGUGCUGUAAUUUGCUUGAAAAGGACUCCCAAAAUACUGUGUCAAGUUUAUAUUCUGGCCCUGCGUCAUCUCCAACAAGACCUAUUAGUAACAAAUCUAAUGCAUCAGAUGUAGUUGUUAAAAGUGCUGCUUUGUUGAUCCCAUCAGGAGAAAGUCAUAUACCUUUAGAACAAGGUAAUCAGAAUACUGUGACUCUGGCAAGUAAACCAUGGGGUGUAGCUUUGGAUAGGCUUAACCCUUCAAACAGUGAAUGCACCUGUUAUGAACAAGAUGUCACAAUUGCCCCAGCUACACAUCAUUCUGAGAAUAAAAUCAUGAAAGAGCAGAAAAGUUCUGAACCUUAUCAUCAUCAGACUGAAAGCACAGUAAAUGUAAUGUCACAAGAAUCAGUAGCAUUUUUGCCUCUCCAACCCUCUUGCCCAUCUCAGAUUCAUCCUGUUCCUGAUUCAGUGGGUGGAUCAAAGCAUGCAUCUUCACCAGAUAUUAGUCAAGAGGCACUACCUGUAAAGCACCAACAAAGUGCCAUUCAAGCAACCAAUGCAAGCUUAGAUGUAGAUCCUAACAGUAAAAAGAAGAUAGAAAAAAAUGUCUUCUCAAACAAUAAAAAGACUGAUGUGCUCAUCACUGUAUAUCCUGAAAGUUUUACUAAGGAUAUUAGAUCAAAUUUUGAAAAGGAUUUUACUGUAACUGAUCCUCACAUACAUCCUAAUGGAAGUUCAUCUGUUGUUAGUAAACUCAUUUAUAAGACAUCACAAGCGGAUGAACUAGAUAACAGAUUGAGUGAUGUUCAGGUUCAAGGAGAAAAAGCCCAUUCUGAUGGCCUUUGUUUGUCCCAUAUGACCAGUAAUAAAAAUGAUGUAGAUUCACAGGACUUGCAUGCCAGAGCAUUGAAAGGUAUUGUAACUGACUAUAAUAGAAAGCUUUUCAACACAGACAACACAGAAAACAGCUUUGUAGAAGAAAACUUGCAGCAGUGCCUUUCACGUUGUUUGGAAAACCAUUCACAGUUAUCCGGACAUGAAAUCCAUAAAUACGGUCCAGCAAUUAAGGCAGAGUUGGAGGAAGCAAUAGAAGACCAUAAAGCACAACAGUAUGAAGUUCCUCAAAGAAUUACAAGGAACCGAGCAAAUAUGCUUGCUAACCAGACUAAGCAGAAUCUUGCUGGGUGUCCUCAGAUAUCAGAAAGAGAUUCUGAAUCAUCUGCCUCUAUAAAAGGAAGGAUACGGCUAACUGAAGAAGAUGAUCCUCAGGCACAUCAUCCACGUAAAAGAAAACUGUCACGUGUUCCUCAGCCUGUGCAAGUAAAUCCAUCUUUAAUGCAAGCUAAGGAAAAAACUCAUCAAUCCCUGGCAGCUAUUGUUGAUGCUCUAAAACUUGAAGAAAUUCAGCCAUACAGUUCGGAGAGAGCAAAUCCAUACUUUGAGUACUUGCACAUAAGGAAGAAAAUAGAAGAGAAACGCAAGUUACUAUGUAGCGUUAUUCCUCAGGCGCCUCAGUACUAUGAUGAAUAUGUGACCUUCAAUGGAUCAUACCUCUUAGAUGGCAAUCCUUUGAGCAAGAUAUGCAUUCCAACUAUCACACCACCUCCUUCACUGUCUGACCCACUAAAAGAACUCUUUAAACAACAAGAAGUUGUAAGGAUGAAACUUCGUUUACAGCAUAGUAUUGAAAGGGAAAAGCUUAUUGUUUCCAACGAGCAAGAGGUUUUGCGUGUUCACUACCGAGCUGCAAGAACUUUAGCAAAUCAGACUUUACCAUUCAGUGCAUGUACAGUAUUGCUGGAUGCUGAGGUUUAUAAUGCACCUAUGGAUGCGCAGAGUGAUGACGGUAAAAUAUCAGUUAGAGAUCGAUUUAAUGCAAGGCAGUUUAUGUCAUGGUUACAGGAUGUGGAUGAUAAAUUUGACAAAUUAAAGACUUGUCUCUUGAUGAGGCAGCAACAUGAAGCAGCAGCUUUAAACGCUGUUCAGAGACUGGAAUGGCAGCUUAAACUACAAGAACUUGAUCCUGCAACUUAUAAAUCCAUCAGCAUUUAUGAAAUUCAGGAAUUCUAUGUUCCUCUUGUAGAUGUUAACGAUGACUUUGAACUGACACCUAUAUGACAGCUAACAUACCUUUGCUGUCUAUAACAGCUUAAGGCUGUGGGACAUAAAUAUUAUUGUUUAAAAUAUAGCACUAAAGUGAAGUACUGCCUUUUCCAAUGUUCCAUAUAUUCCUCCACAAAAUCUCAUUUAAUAUUGUAAAUGUAAAUUUAUUUUAGAUUCUGCAUCCAAAAAGCAUCUUCCCAACAGAUUUAUAUAUGUAUAACAAUCUUUCACUGAAGAUUUAACAGCGCUGGCAGCUGUUACAAGAAAUACACUGAAAAGUACUUGUUAUUUAAAGUUCACUUUAAUUAUAUAAUUAUUAAACUCCCACAAACAACAUCAGACCUGUGGAAGAAAUUAUAAACUUGGGAGAAUAUGGGGAGUGAAAGUCUGUUCAUCUUAUAUAAGUAUGGUUAACUGUACAGUUUUCUUUUUGGAAAAGAUGUAAUAUUGUUUUCAUUUUUUAAUAACUUAUUUUAUACAUAUUGUGCAAAUGUAAAUAUUGUAUUUAUUGUUCAUCUCUGUAUAAAAAUAGAUAUUUUAAUUGUAAAACUGUUUUGUCUAAUGUUUUACUGGACCAAAGUUGUUGUUUCUUAUCUGUAGUAUAUAGGCAAUUUUCUUUUACAAGGCAUGUGUUUGGUUUAGCUGCUUGUUCAUCACCAUCAUCGCUACGAUUUGACACUGAGCAGUAUUGCAUGCUGGCUCAGUUCAAGUUUUCCCAAUGUGUGUGAAACCUAAGUGAUUACAACAUGUGGUGCCAAUCCACUAAGCACUGCUUCUGUACAGCGUCCUUUCAUUCCGAGGAAUUUGCAUGAGUGUCCCUUUCUGUGUAGCUUGCAGCAGUGCUUCAUGGAUGAUUACACCAUGACUUUCCAGAGCUAUUUGUAUAUUGCUCUGCUGCUGUAACAUCAUGCCCAUGACUUACUAUGCUGAGAGUAUUUUGUUUAAACCCUUAAUGAUCACAUUGUGUUCAUAAAAAGCCUUCCACUGUUCUUUCUCCGCUCUUCCAAAUGCCUCUCAGUGAAAAAAAAAUCUUAAAUUGUACAUUGUCUAUUUUAAUAUUUCCCAAUUAAAACAUAUGUGAAUAGUUGUAAAUACAAUGUUUAAUAAAUUCUAUUGGUCAUGCUAACAGAUGGUUGAAUCUUUGUGAUUGUGAAAUUUUCAUUCUUGAAAUUUUAUACAAUUUGACAUAAAUAAAUAUUUGAAAGUUCCACAAUAA